AUGUACAGAAAGUUGACCUCUAAUAGCAAUCAAGCAAUUGCCAAUAUAUUGGGCUUAAAGUUUUUGCUAAGAGACUAUUCUGAGAUUGCUUAGAAGCAAUUCACAAAAUUAAGUCAAGAUGAGGUCAACUAACUUUUGAUCAUCUAAGAGUUAGAUGAGAAUUGGAAUCUGGUAUUCAAUUAAAAUUGAUGAUAGAAUGUAAAUAGCUUGAGUAGAAAGUACUAGUUCUUGAAGUUUCAAGACUCGUUUAGUUUCAUGAGCCAAAUAUCAUAGAUAGCCGAUUAGAUGAAACGUAUUAGUUAUUAAAUAAUUUAGAUUAUCCAAAAUGGUUCAAUAAGAAUGGACUUGUUCAAAUGGAUUUGAUGAGUCCAGAGGUACAAGGAGUAACUUUUAAGGAUGUUAUUCUUGCUCACUCAGCUGAACAAAUCGCUUAAGUGAUCAUGAGUUAGCCAAAGACUUCAAUAUUCGACAACUGUGACAUUCACCUGGAGAAUCUUAUAUCCUCCUGGAAUAACAAUUAUUAGAGAAUUCAAGGACUCAACCAAGUCUUUGAUAGAUCUGUAAAUUUCAUUUGA